GUUGUGACAGCUUUUCACCAAGCGUUCGCGAGUCAAAGUCGUAACACAAAAUUCUGUAAUUCCUCUUGAAAUUGCACGGAAAAUUGGCCUCAGAAACGGAAAGUUGCUUGACCAGUAGUUGCUCAACUGCUUCACGAUGGACGUUUUUCUCAUGAUUCGUCGCAAAAAGUCGACAAUUUUCACGGAUGCCAAGGACACAACCAGCGUACUCGAGCUCAAACGGAUGAUUGAAGGUAUCUUGAAAGUGUCACCCCGCGAUCAGCGACUCUUCAGCAAGGAUAAUCAACAAAUGGAGGACGAAAAGUUGUUGCAGGACUACGGAAUCACGAUGAUGACGGCACGCGCACAGAGUCCCAUCCAAAUUGGGUUGGCGAUUCGCGUUGACGGCGAAUUUGAGCCGUUGGAGUUGACGCCAUACUCGUCGCCGCCCGACUUGCCCGACGUCAUGAAGAACCAGGAAACGACAAAUGGCACGGAACAAGUGGCUUAAGGGACGACGAACAAACAUUUUUACGCUACUUUUUACUUUUAUUCAAACGGGAUGCAGAUACGUCACACACCUCUUUAAAAAAUAUAAAUAAAUAAUUUAAUAUUUGUGGAAAAAAAAAACAAAAAUUAUUAAAAUGUCGAAUUUUUUAAUAUUUCGACCAAGAAUUCAAGUUUUGAAUUGUCACCAAAUCUCAUAAAUUUUUUUUUUGUUUUAUUAAAAUUAUUUCCAUGGGAAAUUUUCGGGAAGAGGUUUUUUUCUCUCUGAUUUAAAUACUUAAAAAAUUAAAAAUCACACAGAAAAAUAGCAUUUUUUAUAUUUUAUUUAAUUUAACAAAGAAGAAGAAUAAAUAAAAUGAAAAGAAAAUUAUUUAAAAAAAAGACUAAAAUUCAAAUUAAUUUUUUUUCUGCUCUAAAAUUAUUUUUUUUUGCU